CAUCAUCUGGUGCUGUCAUCGAGAUAGCAAUACCACAGUGACAACGUCUAGCUAUCUUCUUAUCGCAUUCUUACGACACAAUUGCUGAGGUUUCUGAUGAUGAAGAAUAUUUUUCUGUUGUUUACGUUGCUCUUGGUAUUGCGUGGCGACACCGCCGCCUUCGUUCUUCCAAAUGCGUCGCCCUUGUCGUCGGAUGGGAUCAGUAGUAGCAGAAGCUCCUCCUCGUUGAAGUUGGAGCUCGGAGAAUACUCGAUAAAUUUGGAAAAGCCGCUUGGAAUGAUUCUCGAGGAACGAGACGGAGAAAACUCCGGAGUGGUCGUUCGGACGGUGCUAAAGGAUGACGAAGCUGCCGGAAGCGCCUGGAAAACGGGUAGAAUUGCACCGGGUGAAAUCUUGCUGAAGAAAGACGGCGUCGACGUCUCGUCGUCCAGUUUUGAGCGCGUCAUGGAGAUGCUGGUGAAAAGCGAGAGUUCUACCACGAAACUAGUGAUGGGGGAUGCAUUAGGGCGUUUCGACAUGCCCCCCAACGUAUUGAAACGGUUGGCGAGUCCGGAAGACGCCUUUUUUGUCGAUGCCGUUGUCAGAGAGGCAGUCCGAGCGAUUCGGCGGGAUGGAAGGCUGGGAGAUUUGCUCCAGGUUGAGGUCAUCGUCGGUGCUGGGAUAAACAACGAGAAGCGGGGGAUGGUCCGAUUCUUUGCCAUCUUUUCGACCGACGGCGUGUCGACCUACAGCUGCAACGUUUCUGCGACGGGGGUCCGGAACGACAGCACUAGCAACGACAGUAUUCAAAUUGUGUCACUGUCAUGCGCGAAAGACGAAGGUUUGGGACGAACAUAUGAUCUAAUACAAGAAAAGGAAGAGGUAUGAAUGCUAUUAACAUUUCUCUCGA